GAUUGCCGCUGACAAUCGACAGUCAACACAACGCCAACAUAAAUAUUGUCACAGAAAAAAAUAAAACAGAAGGCAAUUCAACUUUUGACGUUACAUUAAGGAAUUUCAAACCAAAUACAAAAUUAUACGUGAAAGUACUAGAUUCACAUACGCAUUUUCGCAUUAUUUUUUCUUUUCUUCACAUUUCGACUAUUGCCAAGCUUAUGAUAUAAUGUCGCGUACGCUGACUCGUAUACUUGGACGCUGCCUGAUCAACCACAUAAAUAUGAAGCCCUUGCAGCCGAAUAGUAUGUCGAGUUAUCUGCUUACCUCGAAGACGUUUCGAGCUCAAUGUGUUGGCUGCCAGGCGUCCUAUUCGAAGCGCUCCGAUGCGGGGGAACCCUUUAAAAUUGUGACCAAGUCGCGCGGCGUUGAUGAUGACGAUCUCAAUAGUUGGGAGGGCGAGCCCAACUGGGAGCUGACUUCGAAGCGUCACAAUCGCUUCUAUUUGCCAAAUGCGACAGGUCCGGCGUGGCAGGGCGAUACAUCUACCGUGUGUCUGAUGGAGCCGCUGGCACAUCUAGUCAAUUUCUUUAGGGAACCAAAUGUCGACAAAUCACGUCUGGAGUUUGCAUGCUGUCAGUGUCCAAUGCUGAUACGCGACUCCAUCUUUGAGCUGUUCCCAGUGCGUGCAAUCGGUCAGAAGGACUAUGCCAUAACGCUACUCACGCUCAGCUAUGAGGGCGAGAUUGAGCAGGGAGCAGCCAAGUUUGUGCUGGCGGCCAGAGAAAUAAGCGAUCGCUUGCUGUCGUUGGGUUACUGGUCUGAUUUUGUGAAUCCGUUUAGUGGCCGGCCAUACUAUUUACCAAGAGACGGCUCCACCUUGUACAAACAAGACUCGCGCUUUCGUGGCGUAAAUAUGUGCCUUUCGAUCUACAACGAAUGUGUCCUUAUCACCGCCGAGGAGAACGAUAAUGUUUGCUUCUCAGGCACAGUAUUUUGUACAGCGCCCAAUGAUUAUGGCCUGCUCGUUGAGCUGCUGGCGCCCGCCGAGUUCAAGUUAAGAGCUGACGAUAUGCCGCAAUGACAGCCAAAAACGAUUCUGUAAUUUGCAUAGUAAAAUUUUUUCAACUGUUACCAAUUAUGACAAAAUAAUAAUAGCAGCAUAAUGGCGAUA